AUGAGAUCCGUGAACUUUAUUGUAUUGGUCGGUGUGUCAUACGGGAAAGAAUGUUUGGCUCCAUUUCUAGGAGACCAGAUAGGAUGCACGCCAUGUGGUGACGCUGACUUAAGGGUGGACAAAGAUACACAAAGCUCGUUGUGCGUACGGAAUGAUCACUAUUUCCAAUGCUACGACGGAAUUGCUGACUGCUGUGCGUCGGAGGAUAUCAAGCAACAUCGAGUGUCAGAGCAUUGUAUAUACGAGUACAACCACCCUUCGAUUUGUAACAAGUACGUGUCAAAAACGAGUGCUUACACUAACGAAGAAUGCCAGGCAGAUUGUGAAGUUGUGGAAGCUUCAGGAAUGGAUUUACUAAGUGCUUCUUCACUGCAGGAGAAGUGUAUGUCUGAACACUUCACAGUGGAUCUGGACGACAAGGUCACCCCUACAGGUGUCUGCUUUGACAAUUGGGUUUACGGGUACAAUGAGCCCGACACUUUGUCGGGGUAUAAGGUUCUUGAGGAGAUUCCAACUCCCGCUCUGUGCCAGGCUGAAUGUCAGAAGGACCCGGACUGUGUGAGGUUCCUCUGGUCUUAUGACACAGUAGAGAUGGGAUAUGAGUAUGAUAGAGCCGCUCGAUGCCAUCUGAAGAACACUGAACAAGUCGAAAUUCCUUUAUCCAUCAUUUAUGACGACGAUGUGACGUCAUCCACAAUACCGUCUGACAACCUUUACUGCAGCUGGGGGAUCGGGCAGAAUUGUUUGAUAGACUCAUACGAAUGCGCUCCUUGCGGGGAAGGUGUGAAACGCUGUGUGUGGAAGAGCGGCAAACACAUUUCCGGUUGGAAGUAUUGCAACGGAUCUGGAGCCACUGCACCUGAGCAACAGUGCCAGAUCCCGACUGCUACCACCACUACCACGACGACCGAAAUGCCCACCACAACC